AUGUGCUCUGCGCGGACGGCUGCUACAACGGGUGGCCCGGCGACGGCUAUUGCGACAGCGUGUGCUACAAUUGGGAGUGCAACUAUGACGGAGGCGAUUCUCUGCGCGGACGGCUGCUACAACGGGUGGCCCGGCGACGGCUACUGCGACAGCGUGUGCUACAAUUGGGAGUGCAACCAUGACGGAGGCGAUUGCGACACCACGCCAGAGCCAGAGCCAGAGCCUGAGCCCGAGAUGUGGUGGACAACGACCGACCAGGAGCUCUGCGCGAACGGCUGCUACAACGGAUGGCCGGGCCACGGAUACUGCGACAGCGCGUGCUACAAUUGGGAGUGCAACUAUGACGGAGGCGAUUGCGACGAAGAGCCGCCGACCGACCCUGAAGGACUCGACUGCGGUCAGUGUGCCGACGAUGAUGGGGACUGCGCGUUCAACGUAUACACAGAGUUUGCUUCGUGCGGAUCAGGAUACGAGGUAGUGUACGGGAACUACUACUGUAACUACUGCGACGAUCCCAGCUUGCAGUUUUUUGGUUGCGUCUAUGUCGGGUGGUCAGGUGCUUGGGCUUACAGUCCUACGCUCGUGCCCUUGCUGUUGGGCGUGACUGCGGUGUUGAAGUGA